UGUCGAUAUCGUGUCUUGCCGCUCCUUCCGAACAUCUUGCUGACGGCCGACUUGGUCUGGCCCAACUCCUCACCCCCUUUCUCUCUUUUAUUUUUAGUCUCUUUUUAAUACCUUCAUAUUUUUUUCACGGGUGGGAGAGUCUGGCUACGGUCUCUUCCAUACGAUAAAUCGCUUGGUCGACGAUUUUGCGACGCACCUCCAUCUAUGGCGUUUGGAUCCUCCAGUUUCCCGAUCGUGCGUCGUAUCUGAACCGCCUUUGGAAUUUUUUUCUUCCUUUUUUUAUUUACUUUCUUCUUUUUGCCAGCUCAACAGAGAACGCCAAUCAUGACUGACCUGUCGCUUCUCGUCGAAGCCGCCGCCUACAUCUGCGCUAUUUGGAGCUUUUUUGUCUUCAUCGUCCAGUCCAUCGGCAUCAGUCGGAUUUUCGCCUCCUGCUCUUAUCGUCCCCGACCACCAGUCACUCCGUCGCUGCCGAAAGAUCAAGUACCCCAUGUCACCAUCAUACGACCGGUCAAGGGUCUCGAGCCCGAACUGUACCACUGCCUCGCGUCUACCUUCCACCUGGACUAUCCUCUCGACAAGCUGACGGUUUACCUUUGCGUGUCGGAAAAGACCGACCCGGCAUAUCCCGUCCUGCUCAAGCUCGCACAAGACUACCGCCAGUUCGAUGUUCGUGUCUUUGUCGAGCACGACGACCCGUUACUUCAUGGAAGCGCCGGUCACGUCGACAAUCUGGGCCCCAACCCGAAGAUCAGGAACGUCAGUCGCGCGUAUCGUGAGGCGAAGGGUGAUAUCAUCUGGAUGAUCGACUGCAACAUCUGGGUAGGCAAGGGCACGGCCGGUCGCAUGGUCGACAAGCUCCUGGGGCUGCGCCACGACGGGAAACAGGGGCAGCCGUACAAGUUUGUCCACAUGCUGCCUCUCGUCGUCGACACGGUUUCGCUGUGGGGGAGCCCGUCGCCUCAGAGUGAAAACGAGACUCUAUUGUCAUCCUCAUCCCCGACCUCCGAGGGUGGCCUGCCGACCUACCUCAGCCGAAACGACAACACCCUCCUCGCGCGGAUCAGGAACCACGGCGGCGGCAGACUAGACGAGAUGUUCAUGGCAACAACGCACGCCAAGUUCUACAGCGCCAUCAACACGGUCGGCAUCGCGCCCUGCAUCGUGGGGAAAUCCAACAUGUUCCGCAAAUCCCACCUCGACACGCUCACGGACCCGGCCCAGAACCCGUCCCUGCCAGCGCACAAAACGCCGCACCCGACGGGAAUCGACUACUUCUCCAACUACAUCUGCGAGGACCACCUGAUCGGCGACCUGCUGUUCCGGUCCAAGCUGCCCGGCCUGAAGAACCACGGCCUCGUGUUCGGCGACCUGGCCGUCCAGCCCACGGCCGGCAUGUCGGUGGCGUCCUACAUCGGCCGCCGGGUGCGGUGGCUCCGCGCGAGGAAGUGGACCGUCAUCACGGCCACCUUGGUCGAGCCGGGCGUCGAGUCGCUGCUUUGCUGCGCCUACUGCGCCUUCGCACUCACUACGAUCCCCUGGUUCCACGAGAGGUGGGGGGUUCCGCAGACCUGGGCCGCCAUGGGGUGGAUAUGGCUCGCGACGGUGGCGCUGUGGGUGAUGGGGGAUUGGUUCACGUACAGACGUCUCCACGCUGGCCACAGCACCGAGGUGGAUGAGAGGACGCCGGGGUUUGCCAGGGGCACGUCGAACCGCGGGGGGGCUCCCGGCAGGUCGUUCUUCCUGGAGUGGAUUCCCGCGUGGGUCGGGAGGGAAGUCCUGGCCCUGCCGAUCUGGACCUGGGCCGUCCUUUUGGGCGCCACGGUGAACUGGAGGGGGAAUAAGUUUCUGGUUCGCAUGGAUAUGAGCGUCGUCGAGUAUGACAAGCCUCGUACUCAGAAGCUCUCGGCUGUGCGUAGUGGUGUCCCAUCACCGAAUGGAGGGGUUCGGUCGAGGAGUAACAAUCGGCAGGAUUGAUGCCAAUAUACCGCCCUAAUAUAUGAUGCAUGCAGUAUGUCAACGGUCCCACUUGCUUUCCCUUACGGGGGGGUUCUUCUUUUUUCUUCUUCUUUUUUCUUCUUUUCUUCUUUUCUUCUUUUUUUCUUCUAUUCUUCUUCUAUUCUUCUUCUUUUCUUCUUUUUUUCCCCUCAUAGCCAUGUAAGAAGCGAAGGACCGCAGGGGGUGGUGAUAAUCAUAGAUGUCCGUCAUCGUCGUGGUCAAACACAGCCCCAUCCACGGUGUCCUGUUGCCGAAGCAUUUUCGUCGAGGUUGCACUGCGUCUUAAAUUGGG